CUCCUCUGUGGUCCUUUGUCUGUGUGGGGCCCCUCCCAGCGGCUCCAGUCUGUGUGAUGGUGUGUGUGGUGAGGAGCGUGUGCUGUGCCGGGGCUGUAUGGGUGUCACAGGCCAUCGGAGGAUAUGGGACACGUCCUGUCGUUCACACAUUGCAAGGACGCUCCAUCUACUACCUCUAGCACCCCGGACUCCUGCCCCCCGGAUGAAGUCCAUACGCCAGACUCCUCCCAUCCGGCCCCUGCGGACCAGUAUGAUGUCGAUGACACCGCGGUGACCCUGGCUGACCUGUGGCCCCUACCUUCACCUCAGGAACCCACCUUCUCCUACAUCACCAUCGGAAGCUCCAUCCCUAUAGCCCGCCCCCCAGCUAGGGGCCGCAGGGGUCGUGGCCUAGGCAGAGGGCAGGGUACUCGGAAUGAAGAACCAGGUGAGGACAUAGUGUCCUUUGUUCUUCUAGAGAAGGUGUGUCACAUGACCCAAGCCCUACCACCACUCAUUGGCCACGAGGAGAUGACCUUCAUGGAACGACCUCAGCCAAGACUGGAUCUUCACCAAACUCAACCAAGACUGGAUCUUCACCAAACUCAACCAAGACUGGAUCUUCACCAAACUCAACCAAGACUGGAUCUUCACCAAACUCAACCAAGACUGGAUCUUCACCAACUUCAACCAAGACCGGAUCUUCACCAACCUCAACCAAGACUGGAUCUUCACCAAACUCAACCAAGACCGAAUCUUCACCAACCUCAGCCGAGACCGGAUCUUCACACUGUAGGUGAGAAGAAUGAAUUGUACAUUGCGUAGACUAACCGGAGGAAA